AUGGGGGAUAUCCCAUGUGGAACAUAUACAGUAGAAUUGGGCAAAUCGUUUCAAGACCCUAAAAAGAAGCCAUCAUCCUCGCAGGAAUUGUAUACAUCGAUUAAAUGUGAGUUGAAUUUUAAAAAAUUCGAAAAUUAUGGAAAAUCUUUGCUUUUGCAGAUGAUUUCAAGCCAAGUUCUGUAUCAGAUCAACCUGAAACUUAUAUCGCAGUUGGAAACAAUGGAGAUGUUCAUGUUGCAUUAGAUCCAGAAAAUUUAACAGUCUUCAAAGGCGCGAAAAAAGAGGCGAAAAAGGAAUGUUACUUGUUUUUUGAUUCGCGGACUAAUACAGUUCGACUAGAGCAAAUCAGCUCAAAUAUUCAAGUGAAAAAGACAAGAGAUUUGGAUCCAGCGACAGAACAAGCACUUCGAACUGGAAUUGAGAGAUUGAGAACAUCUGAAAAUGCUGCAGCCUCUGCUCCUAUGGAAAAUAAUCAUCUUCCAACAAUUUCACCACCGAAAAAAGAGCGAAAAGAAAGUAGCAGUUCAUCGAGUAGUGCGAGUAGUGGAAGUGGAUCGGAUAGUAGUUCAGAUGAAUCAGAUGAUGAUAAAAAUAAAAAUGAUGAUGAUGGUUCUUCAGAUGAUGAUAGUGAAUUAUUGGAAAAAUUGGCGGCGAAACCUCAAACUUCAAGUAUUCCUCCAAGAGAUUAUCAUCCACCACAUCAUCACAAUAUUUCAAUGCCUAAUAUUACUACAACUAGACAUAAUGCACCGUAAGUUCUUCGAACUUUGAAUAUUUAUUUUUUAAACCCAAAAUCUUCCAGAGAUUGUCAACAACUUGGCCUAAAUCUCAGCGAAUCAUCCGACGAAGAUUGA